GAGCCCCUCGAGGCGCGGAAGACGGCGCCGGCCGCCGUUGGCUCCACCAGCAAGAUCCGCAGCUCGGCUAUCGUGCUACAGACGGACGAGGAGCUGUGCGUGGGGAUGUACAAGGUGCUGGAGGCGGUGAAGGCGCACGAGGAGGCCUGGCCCUUCCUCGACCCCGUGGAGGAGGAGUACGCGCCCAACUACUACGCCGUCAUUCGGCGGCCCAUGGACCUCAACAAGCUGGAGAGCCGGCUGGACGCGGGCGUCUAUGUCAGCCGGCAGCAGUUCGAGGCAGACUUCAAGCUCAUCGUCGACAACUGCAAGCUGUACAACGGCCUGGAGAAUGAGUACACUGGGAUGGUGGUGAACAUUGAGGGUGCCUUCCACAAGGCGGUGCGCAAGUACCUGGACACGGAAGAGGACGAGGAGGAGAUCUUCAUUGACGUGUCGCAAGUGCCGGUGGUGGCGCGCCGCGCCACACCGCGGCCAGCCGUCGGCGGCACCACCAAGCGUCGUGGUCGCCGGUCUGGCCCGGAGGCAACGGCCGGGCACGGUCGCAAGAAGGUGGCGCCCUUUAUCGACUACAGUGACGACGAGCUGCUGGCUUCGCCGGCUGCCAAGCCGCCGACGCGCGAGGACACGGAACGGCUGUUUGAUGAUCUACUGCGUACGGCGUCCUCGGAGCUGACCGCUGCCGUCACCAACACCACCACCACCACGGACGUCGCGUCCGAGGCCGACGCGUACACGUUCCGGGAGGAGCCGGACGAGCUGGCAAGCAGUGACUCGAAGGCUGGGCCGACCGAGCGGCGUGAGCGCAGGAGCAGGCGCCAGAAGCGGUCCCGAGUGAACAAGGAGAAGAGGAACAGCAAAAAGAAAAAGCGGAAAAGACGCGAGCGCGAGAAACGCGAACAAGAGCGUCUGGACGAUGCGUCGGCCGAUGUUUCCAACAUAAGGGCGGAGGCGGUCCAGCGUCAGGAGAAACCGUGCCCUCUCGGCGUGUCAGAGGCGGCCGCCGCCGGCGGACCGCCUGCCCCGGGCUCGGACAGCGAGGACAGCGGUUCGUGGCCGGACCUGGCCCCCGAGCCGACCGCCCAGAAGGAGGAGAGCGCCAAGCUGGGCGAGCUGAUUUCGCGCGUGCGUGAGUCGCGCGGGAGCGGCACCACGCUGUUGGCCAACAGGUCCGGCCUGACCAUGGGCAAGGUGCUGGGCGGUGGCGGCAGCGAGCGCACGGGCGAGGAGGCUUGGGAGGAGAUGGUGGUUCGUCGGCUGAAGGCCGAGCCGCCGGUGGCCGGGUGCCGCGCUGAGGAGGCUGACGAGCCGCUCCGGCUGAUAGCCGAGCCGACCGAGGGCCGAGAGCUGCCCGUGCUCCGCAAAACGGCCACGCCUAACCUGAGCGCCUGGUUCCAUGCGUUCAGCUCGCAGAAGGCGGCGGAGCCAGCGCCGCCGCCGGCUCAGCUGCGCCGCGCCAAGUGGCCUCCGCCGCGCGAAGAGCCUCGCUCGUCGCGGCCGUCGCAGGUGGAGGCGAAGCAGCUGGAUGAGCCCGAGGUAGACCCCUACGAGUAUGACGACGAAGAGCUGGAGAAGGCGCGGCUGCAGGUUAAGGCGCGCGAGGCGCAGCGACUGGAGUCGUCCGACGGCCGCUCGCCGUUUUAUCUGACGAGCUCUGAGAGCGAGAAGUCGCCGAUGACGCCCGGCGGCGGCAUCGCGGUGGCGCAAUCAGCCCCGCAGGCGGUGGCCCAGCCGGUCCCGCAGGCGGUGGCACAGUCGGCCCCGCAGGCGGUGGCGCAGCCUGCGACGGCCGGUUCUCUGCUGGGUAACCUAGCGCACCUGUCGCAGCUGGUGACCCGCCUGCCGACGCAACAAGCCCGUGGAAAGACCCCGACCAACGGCGAUCAGCAACAGCAACAGUCGGCCCAGCAGCUGCUGCAGCAGCAGAAGAUUCGGCAGCUCGAGCAACAGGUCAAAUUGAUCGAGCAGAAACAGAAGAUCAAGUUAGCUGUAGAGCAGCAGCAGAACGAGAAGGAGCAGCAGCAGCAACAGCAGCAGCGGCACCGCACGCACUGGGCGGCGCCGGCUACCCGUAUCUGCUGGCAGUACUACCGGCAACAGGGUGAACUGCUGCUGCACCACCAGGCCGGCGCCGCCAUGAUGGGUCUGAUGGGCGCCGCCGCCGGCGGCUACCCGCCCGGCUACCCGCAGCUCUCGUCGCUGCGCCAGCCGUUCCAGCCGCCGGGGGUAACGCGCUCGCCUUUCUUUUAG